GGAUGCUGCGGCAGGUUCUGCACAGGGGCUUGAGGACGUGUUUCUCCCGGCUCGGCCACUUCAUUGCCAGUCACCCUGUCUUCUUCGCCUCGGCGCCGGUGCUCAUCUCCAUCCUGCUCGGCGCCAGCUUCAGCCGCUACCAGGUCGAGGAGAGCGUGGAGCACCUGCUGGCGCCCCAGCACAGCCUGGCCAAGAUCGAGCGCAACCUCGUUAACAGCCUCUUCCCGGUCAACCGCUCCAAGCACCGUCUCUACUCGGACCUGCAGACCCCCGGGCGCUACGGCCGGGUCAUCGUCACCUCCUUCCAGAAAGCCAACAUGCUGGACCAGCAUCACACCGACCUGAUCUUAAAGUUGCAUGCUGCUGUCACCAAGAUCCAGGUUCCAAGGCCUGGUUUUAAUUACACGUUUGCCCAUAUAUGUAUCCUGAAUAAUGAUAAGACUUGCAUCGUGGAUGACAUAGUGCACGUCCUGGAAGAGCUAAAGAACGCUCGGGCCACCAAUCGGACCAAUUUUGCUAUCACAUACCCAAUCACUCACUUAAAGGACGGGAGGGCUGUGUACAAUGGGCACCAGCUUGGGGGCGUCACUGUGCACAGCAAAGACCGGGUGAAAUCUGCAGAGGCCAUCCAGCUCACCUACUACCUGCAGUCAAUCAACAGUCUAAAUGACAUGGUGGCCGAGAGGUGGGAGUCCAGCUUCUGCGACACUGUCAGACUGUUUCAGAAAUCCAACAGCAAAGUCAAAAUGUACCCUUACACGUCCUCCUCACUGAGGGAAGAUUUCCAGAAGACCAGCCGCGUAUCAGAACGUUACCUGGUCACCAGCCUGAUCCUGGUGGUUACCAUGGCCAUCCUUUGCUGCACUAUGCAGGACUGCGUCCGCAGCAAACCCUGGCUAGGCCUGCUCGGAUUGGUGACCAUAAGCCUGGCCACUCUCACUGCAGCUGGGAUCAUCAAUCUUACUGGUGGGAAAUAUAAUUCCACCUUCCUGGGAGUCCCUUUCGUCAUGCUAGGUCAUGGAUUAUAUGGGACUUUUGAAAUGUUAUCCUCCUGGAGGAAAACUAGAGAAGACCAACAUGUUAAAGAGAGAACUGCAGCAGUCUAUGCAGACUCCAUGCUCUCCUUUUCUCUCACCACUGCCAUGUACCUGGUCACCUUUGGCAUAGGGGCCAGCCCUUUCACAAACAUUGAGGCAGCCAGGAUUUUCUGCUGCAAUUCCUGUAUUGCAAUCUUCUUCAACUACCUCUAUGUACUCUCGUUUUAUGGUUCCAGCCUAGUGUUCACUGGCUACAUAGAAAAUAAUUACCAGCAUAGUAUCUUCUGUAGAAAAGUCCCAAAGCCUGAGGCAUUGCAGGAGAAGCCGGCAUGGUACAGGUUUCUCCUGACAGCCAGAUUCAGUGAGGACACAACUGAAGGCGAGGAAGCGAACACUUACGAGAGUCACCUAUUGGUAUGUUUCCUCAAACGCUAUUACUGUGACUGGAUAACCAACACCUAUGUCAAGCCUUUUGUAGUUCUCUUUUACCUUAUUUAUAUUUCCUUUGCCUUAAUGGGCUAUCUGCAGGUCAGUGAAGGGUCAGACCUUAGUAACAUCGUAGCAACCGCGACACAAACCAUUGAGUACACUACUGCCCAGCAAAAGUACUUUAGCAACUACAGUCCUGUGAUUGGGUUUUACAUAUAUGAGUCUAUAGAAUACUGGAACACUAGUGUCCAAGAAGAUGUUCUAGAAUACACCAAGGGGUUUGUGCGGAUAUCCUGGUUUGAGAGCUAUUUAAAUUACCUUCGGAAACUCAAUGUAUCCACUGGCUUGCCUAAGAAAAAUUUCACAGACAUGUUGAGGAAUUCCUUUCUGAAAGCCCCUCAAUUUUCACAUUUUCAAGAGGACAUCAUCUUCUCCAAAAAAUACAAUGAUGAGGUCGAUGUAGUGGCCUCCAGAAUGUUUUUGGUGGCCAAGACCAUGGAAACAAACAGAGAAGAACUCUAUGAUCUCUUGGAAACCCUGAGGAGACUUUCUGUCACCUCCAAGGUGAAGUUCAUCGUCUUCAAUCCGUCCUUUGUGUACAUGGAUCGAUAUGCCUCCUCUCUGGGAGCCCCCCUGCACAACUCCUGCAUCAGUGCUUUGUUCCUGCUCUUCUUCUCGGCAUUCCUGGUGGCAGAUUCACUGAUUAACGUCUGGAUCACUCUAACAGUUGUGUCCGUGGAGUUUGGAGUGAUAGGUUUCAUGACAUUAUGGAAAGUAGAACUGGACUGCAUUUCUGUGCUGUGCUUAAUUUAUGGAAUUAAUUACACAAUUGACAAUUGUGCUCCACUGUUAUCCACAUUUGUUCUGGGCAAGGAUUUCACAAGAACUAAAUGGGUAAAAAAUGCCCUGGAAGUGCAUGGGGUAGCUAUUUUACAGAGUUACCUCUGCUAUAUUGUUGGUCUGAUUCCUCUUGCAGCUGUGCCUUCAAAUCUGACCUGUACACUGUUCAGGUGCUUGUUUUUAAUAGCAUUUGUCACCUUCUUUCACUGCUUUGCCAUUUUACCUGUGAUACUGACUUUCCUGCCACCCUCUAAGAAAAAAAGGAAAGAGAAGAAAAAUCCUGAGAACCGGGAGGAAAUUGAGUGUGUAGAAAUGGUGGAUAUCGAUAGUACCCGUGUGGUUGACCAAAUUACAACAGUGUGAUAAUGUCUGCUUGGUAUAUUUUCACCUUAGGUCUUAUCAAGACCAAAGAGAUUAUGUUAAUGAAACAACUAAAUUCAAAGUUGUUCCCUUUUUUAAAGAUAGGAAACAGGCAUUGCC